AUGUCGUCCCUGGAAAUGGAUCGCAGUGGGCAGCCCCGGUUCCCUGGCUGCUCUAACAUUCGAGAUUUUGAAUUCAUCGGCAAACUUGGAGAGGGGACAUUUGGUGAGGUGUACAAGGCAAGGUCCAAGAAAGACAACUCAGUCCUUGCUCUGAAGAAGAUUCUCAUGCACCAUGAGAAAGAGGGAUUCCCAAUCACAGCAAUUCGAGAGAUCAAGAUUCUGAAAGUGCUCUCCCAUCCAAAUGUCUUACAACUCAAGGAGAUGGCCGUGGAACGAAGCAAAGGCGAAGGACGAAAGAAACCCAGCAUGUACAUGGUCACCCCAUAUAUGGAGCAUGAUCUUUCCGGGCUCCUGGAGAACCCAUCGGUCCAGUUUACUGAGCCUCAAAUAAAAUGCUACUUGAUGCAACUUCUUGAAGGUCUUCGUUACCUGCACGCGAGCCGUAUUUUGCACCGUGAUAUGAAAGCUGCCAAUCUUCUUAUCAGCAAUGGUGGAAUUCUUCAGAUUGCCGACUUUGGGCUUGCACGACCCUUCGAUGAACCACCUCCGCAAGCUGGGAAAGGUGGAGGGGAAGCAAAACGAGAAUACACAGCCCUGGUUGUGACCAGAUGGUAUCGCCCACCAGAGUUACUGCUAUCAUUGCGGAAAUACACGACCGCCGUUGACUUGUGGGGUGUUGGGUGUGUCUUUGGUGAAAUGUUCAAAGGAAAGCCCAUUCUAUCCGGCAGCAGUGAUCUUAACCAAGCGCAACUCAUCUUUAAUCUCGUGGGCACUCCCAAUGACGAAAACAUGCCUGGGUGGAGUUCUCUACCCGGCUGUGAGGGGGUCAAAAAUUUCGGUUUCAAGCGUGGAAACCUUGCGGAUGUCUUUAAAGAUCAAAAUCCCGCCGCUGUCUCGCUGCUCACCGAGCUUCUCAAGCUUGAUUGGCGAAAGCGUGUGAACGCCAUUGACGCCUUGAAACAUCCUUAUUUUACCACCCCGCCACUCCCUGCACGCCCCGGGGAGAUUCCUCAUUUCCAGGAUUCUCAUGAAUUGGAUCGAAAGAAGUUCCGUGGGCAGCGGGCACCCGUCCCUCCAGCCCCUGGGGGUAAUGCCGGCGACGCUUCCUCCAACGGAGCCUGGACUGGUUCCGGUCCUCGACCAGAUUCCCGAAGCAGAAUCCCAGGGGCUGCUCGAGGCGGUCGACCCAACGGACUGCCUGGUAUGCCAGGGAACCCCAAUCACACCAACAACACCAACCGACGUGGCCCAUUCCCUCCAUCCCAGCGAGAUAGCGGGCUUCCACCACGACCUCCUGCGUCUUCUCAGCAAUGGGAUGGUGCGCAAGCUGGAUGGACGGACGACUCGCGUCGGGAUCGCUUUCCCCAGGGUCGCUCAAGUGGAAGGUUCUCCAGCAGCAUUGACUCGUAUGUCCCAAACUAUGGCCAUGCCCCCGAUAAUCCACCGACCAAUGCGCGUGGAGGGAACCGGCGUGAUUAUCGCCGAGAACCAGCUCGAAGAAGAAGUCGGAGUCCUAGUUCUCGAGGAGGACCUGGGUAG